AUGCGGACCCCUGCGCAACAAGAGGAAGACGAAGCCUUAGCUUGGGUUCAUACGAGAGUACGAACUAUGUGCGCGAGAAACCAGGAAUGGAAUAUCAGCGAUCUGGUCAACGUGUUGAGAAGGGAAAACGACGCAUUGACAGCCGCCUUCAGCAGAAUAGGGAAGAACUGGAGUACCAUUCUGGAUAGGCACUUUCCGAAUGAGUUUGACUUCAGAACCGCGGAAGGAAGAACCUACCUGCGGCUCCGACCCGGCGGCGGCGGAACCCCGUCUGACGACGGCGGCUCUGCUGCCGUCGGGAAGGAAGUGGCUACUGACGUUGGGAAGGAGGUCGCUAUUAACGUUGCGAGAUUGGCUUUAGUGAGCCCAAUGAGUAACCGAGCCAACGUCACGAAAAUAAACAGCAAGCAACUGUAUGAUGAGAUGAGAGCGAUCACAGAAGAGGCCCCGUACGUAGUCGUCCAUGAUUGGGGUUCUGCUUUUCUCGUUGGUGUUCCUGGGGGACGCACCUUUGUUGCUGUCCCAUCCCUUCAUGCCAGCAAUAUGAAAGAAAUUCGAGAUCAUCAACGCAACUUGUUUGACAAAGGGAAGAUGGUCAUCAGUUGGCAUUCCUCUGCUAGCCCUCCCGGUACUGAAGAGUGCACCGUUUGGAAUUUCUACAGGGGUUUGGUACAACUGCAAAAGCCGUUGAAGAAUAAGCUACUAAUACCCAUCAACGAAAGCUCGUACGAAGAAUUUCGAGAUGUUUUCGCCGCAACCUUCUCCAUCCCAAACGUCUCCGUUCCUGAACUUGGAGCGAACACCGAGCAAUGGCUUACGUCGGCCGGCAAUGAAGCGAUGGCGUUGAUUGAUAGCUGCAUUCUACUCGGCCAAUUAAAAAUAAUGAUCGAGCUGCGCUUAUCAGAGGGCAAAGAGACAGUUGGCAAGGUUCCUAAGCUGCCGAUUGUCGCCGCCUACGACGAAGACGCCUACGAUAUCGACUUAUUAACAUCUUUUGACAAGGCGUGGAAGGCAAUCCACCGUUUUCAGAACCCGACUGCAAAAUUAGUCCCCGUGCCCCCAUUCCCCGGUGGUGAUAUCCUUCAAGCCCGCAGGCAAUGUCUUACUCCAGACGGCAGAUUUCCAUAUGCGCCAGAGCUGCAGAUCAUCAAGCCUCCCCUACGGCGCAUAUUGCAAAUGCUUAGCGGUGAUCCAAGUACCAAGGAGAACUACCUCGACCCAUGGUACGACGAAGAAGAUCGCGUCUAUACUGUACACGAAGGCAGCCCCAGCGGCGUCGCCGGCUCCUUCCGGACGGCUGGUGAUGCCGCCGGGGCCGCCACCGACAGUGAGCAAGGUCCAUUGGAUGACGUGGUCGACCUGCGACAAGGGCUCCUGGAUGCUUUCAAACCCACUGAGCUCGAAAACCUCAGUGAAAUCUAUCUGGAUGUGGGAGACGCAGCGUCCGCUAUCACGUUCAAGGGAGAAUACCGGGAGUUCUCUGUGAAGCCUCUUUCUCGGGCGCAGAUCCAGAUGGCGGCGACGGGAAUUCCCUUUCAUGCCGAUCUGUGUCGUGGCAGUUUUCCGAACGAACUGCACAGGAUCUCGCAAAAGUUGCAGCGAGAUGUGCUCGAUGACGAGGGCAAGAUGGGUUUAGCUGGAUUGACCAUUCGAGUGGAGCGGGCGAUUUACGGGCUUGCAGAGAGGUUUCAAGAUAUACUGAAUUCAGAUGACUCUGUUUUAUUUGUUGGCCUGCCGGGUGCUGGGAAAACCGCCGUGUUACGGGAUGUGUGUGCAUACAUAGCAGAGGGAAUCCAUCCAAGAAAACUUGCAUUAGUAGAUUCAUCGCAAGAACUUGGCGGUGCAGACUUCGUGCGGCACAAAUGUCUUGGCCGUACAAGGUGGUUUGGCGGUUUGGGCUGGGAGGGCGAUCUUGCGGAACUAAUGUCGCUGAUCAUGCGCAACCACACUCCACUUGUGAUGGCCACCGACGAGAUCACGGCUCGAUCGGAAAUCGACGCCGCCCGCAGCAUCAAAGAAAGUGGUCUUCGUAUGCUUGCCACCUGCCAUGGGUCAUUCCAGGAUUUGAUCAAGCACCCUGACAAGAAUACUCUGCUCGGUGGUAUUGCAUCUGUGACAGUCACGGAUGAGAAGGCGCAAAAGGGGGGCCGCUUUGUGAAGACCAUGCAGUCGCGAGCAAAGAGUCCGAUAUUCGAUGUGAUAAUCGAAAUCCACUCGAAGACACAGUAUGUCGUCCUAUCGAAACAUCGGCGAGGCGAUUGCUCCGACGUUGUGACGGUCGGCGAACCUCCAGGGGCUCCGGCGGCGUCGGUCAGCUCGAUCGAUGCUGCUGGAGCUCCCGGGCUCUGGCGCAAUUAUUGGUGA